CAUGGAGAACACCCACACACCCACACACACACACACACACACACCCCUCGCGUCCCUGUGGUUUGGAAGAGCGCGUGCAAAGCGCCCGGUCAGUGAGUGUGAAUGGUGAAACCAUGCGCUCUCUCGCGCUGUGUCUGUGGCUCGCGCUCCUGUGCGCGUUUCUCCGCUGCGCCGCCUCCGAGUUCUCCUCCUCCAAAUCCGACCUGGAGUACGAGUUCGGAGAUUACCGGGGCAAAUGGUGCAUCGACGAUCACGGCUUCGUCUAUAACAUCGGCGAGGUUUAUUACCCAGGGCGCACCGCGUGCCCGUGCACCUGCACGGAGGACGGACCGGUGUGCGUGCGACCCAAGUGCCCGCGCAUACACCCGCGCUGCACGCGCAUCAAGUACAAGUCGUGCUGUCCGGUGUGUGAGGCCAUCAGCAAGGUGUGUGUGUACGGAGGCAAAACAUACCGGCUGUUCGAGGAGUUCAGGUUAUCUCGGUGUGAGCGGUGUCGCUGUGAGCCCAGUGGUGAAGUGUACUGCAGCAUAUCAGACUGUCCGGCUCUGCACUGUGUAAACCCAACAUAUGAACCCAAACAUUGCUGCCCUGUGUGUAAGAGCGGUCCAAACUGCUUCGCGGGGAACCGCAUCAUUCCAGCCGGGGAGCGGGUGGAGGUGGACGAUUGGACUGUCUGUUUCUGUACCUACAGAGAUGGAUCCUGGCAAACGCACCCGCACGCCACGUGCGAACAGCGCCAGCGGCCAGACGAAGACGUGUUCAAGCAGAUGGAGGAGCAGGAGAUGGAGAGAGAGAGGGAGAGAGAGAGGGAGAGAGCGAGGCAGAGAGAUAGAGAACGCUUGCCCAGGUUGGAUGCCAUCCCAUGAUGGCUUGAGCGUCCACGGCCUGGAGAAACACAACCUGCGAUGUACCGAGUGCCAACGUUGACCUCUUCCACCCCCUCCAGACCCAAGACAUCCGGUUCAAAACACUUGCAUUCUGGGAUACAUCUUACAUUUACAUGCCCGGGACACGUACUGUGACAUGCUAAAAAUGGUUUAAUGAAUCCAAACUCGAGUAGUUUAUUAAAAAGUCAACGUAAAAUAUGUGAUAAAAGUCAGAUGAAUGCCAGAUGAACUCACUGAUCAGACCCGUCCAAGUGUGUGAGACAUGUCCAAGCGUGUGACCUAAUAUACUCUAUAACUUUCACUCGCUAGGUCUGUCAGACUCCAAGUGACUGUUCAAGUGACUGGUGUAGGUGAAGAUUAGCCCCGCCCACUUUACAUUAAACGGUUAGCAAUUAUAGUGAAGAGCACGUGGACACUGGAAAGUCAUCAGUUAUUCAGACGUUAUAUUGUGUGAGAGAGAGAAAUGUAUCCUACGUUACAAAGAGCCCCUUACAUUUGGAUGACUUUUAUAACUUGGAAAUUCAUUUGCCAAGAAGUAUCAAUAAAACAACACUUUAUUACUCAA